AUGCGAAUAGGCCGCUUACAAGAAGAAAAACUAAAAAUAGAAAAACAACAAAUAACACAACUCAACACAAAAAAUAAAGCCUUCUCAGAUGCUCUCCAACAAGCGCAACACAGAGCUGCAGUAGCAGAUCAGCAACGAGAUGAAAUUGCGAGCUGCUUUGAGGCGCUUCGUACAGAAAGAGAAAAAUUGUUUAAAACUAAUGAUGAGAUGGCGAGAGAGCUGCAGCUGCUUACUGAAGCAAACAAAGCAUUUGAGGGUGUAAUAGAAGAACACCAAACAAAAGUUUUUUCUUUAGAGGCAUCAUUAAGGAGACAAACAGAAGCGAGAAUAGAAGCAGAUAAAAAACUACAAAAGAUGAAAGAAAAAUAUGAAAAACAAGAAAAAAAAAGACUUUUGGCUGCCUCUGAAGACCCUUCGUUGUCUAUAAACAAUUUGCUGCAAGAGGAGAACGAUACAAUGCGCCGGCGGCUUCUCUGCGGGGUUUGCAAUGAACGCUUUAAAGAUCACAUCCUCGUUAAGUGCGGCCACAUGUUUUGUCAAGAGUGCAUAGAGAAGAAUGUGAAGGCCCGCAACCGCAAAUGCCCCCAUUGCAGUCCGUCGCUUUCUCCUAGUGCAUAG